AUGUCUUUCUUCACCCAAUUCCAACAAUACGCCGGAACCUUCGCAACAGUAGCAGCCGGUGCUAUCAUCGCUAGAGCCGUCGGCAUUAUGCAAUCAGACAACCAGGACGACCACUACGGGCCGGCACCGCAGGAGCCCGGAAACUACAAGCCCUCGCACGCCGAUGUCAUCGUCGUCCGUGUGAUGCUCGAAAAGGCCUUCAACUUCCCUCCCGAGCUCCUGGACCUCAUCAUCGACCAGGCCGAAUACUGGCCGCACUCCGAAGCCAGCAUCUACCACGCAGUCACACCUCUACGCGACGCCCUCCGCGUCGUCGGUACCACCAAAGACGAGAACAAGUUCAUCCUGCGCUGUCCGCCCAUCGGAUUCUCCGACUUCAAAAAGGUCGGCACGGCUUUCAAGACGGCUCCGCUCCCGCCAAAGUCGGGCGAUGGGUCUCCCGUUACGGAGCCGCUCCGCAAUUUGACGCUCCUCGAAACCACUUCGAGGCCCACCGAAGUGGUCUCUGGGCCUCCGAGAGAAUACUUCACAGGCUCCAUGAAGGCGCCGCCCACUUUGACCCAUCCGGUGCGGAAGAUCGUCUUCAAGUUGCGGAGCAAAGAUCAAGGUUGGGGCGGUGGACAUGGCGAUCGUGGGUCCUACCGAGGAUCCUGGUCUUGGUUUGAAGCUGGCUUGGAGAAGUUUGAUAAGGAGCGCACCUGCGAUGGAUCCUGCAACACAGCAGAAGACAGUUCCGACACCGAGUCCGAACGGGCACCCUUCACCAACGAAACGAAACUCUGCACCUGCGGCCUUCAAUCGAUAUGUCCUCUUGUCGAACCCACUGCCGACGGAAAGCUUGCCUACUCGCAUGACCUCCAACCACUGGAGAACCUCAAGAUACAAACCAACAAGACUGCUAAUAGGGACUUUAUGGACCAUGAGGUGGUAUGGUCUUGGACCGACGACAUUCACCCAGAGUCACCCGAUGCCGACAGACUGGCUGAGAUAGGUCGCGGUAAGGGCACCGGGACUGGACAGUUUGUUCGUAAACUGAAGCUGGGAGACGUGGUCACGGUAUGGGGCAAGGCGAGAUUCGGUGGCUGGGCCAACUACGUGGAGAGUGUCAAGGUUGAAAUCUACUGGGCUGUUUGA